AGAGAGAGAGGAGGGUGUGGGGCGUUCUUCCUCGCCCUGUUCUCCUCUCUUCUCCACAUUAUCGCUGUGUCUCUGUAUCACUCAGAUCAUCUCUAACGCCUGGGCGAGCGAAGGGCCGGAGACGUCCUCCGAUACAAGAGACUCAAAAUUUGAGGUGAUCUCAGCAAUGGAGUGCUUCAACAGCCUACUCCUGAAGCUGCGAGAGGUCCACGAGCGGGAAGUUGAAGGGUGGCAGAUGAAAAUCCAGGAGCUGUCCAACAAGAAAGGCUGUGAUACAAAGCGAAUGGAAGACCUGUUCACCAAAAACCAGCAGAUGAAAGAACAGCAGAGAUUACUCACCGAGAACAUCAAGAACCUAGAAAACAGGCUGAGGGCGGGGCUGUGUGACAGAUGUACGGUGACUCAGGAAGUCAUGAAGAGAAGACAGCAGGAGUUUGAAGCAUCGCAGAUGCAGAGCCUCCACAACCUCUCCCUGUUGGCGGGAGAAAUUAACAACCAGAAAAAAGAGAACAAGAGGCUUCGAGAGGAGCUCAGGAGUUUAAGAACAGCACUCGACAGAGGCCAGAGUGACAGCGGCACAGAGGUCAAAGCACAAAGCUCCCCCGACCUCUCCCCCCACUCUGGCCCCAUGGCCCUCGUCCGCAUGGCAACCAGCAGGGCCGGUAGCCAGCCAGAAGAUGGCGAUGUUGUUGUGAAAACUGAGGCAGACCAGAGAAGUGAAGAAAUUCAACAAAGACAACUGAGAUGGAUGAACAGAAACAACUAUGAUUCAUACAAGCCUCUUUCCUGGAAAACAGAACCUAGCAUAACCCGUGCUGGAGAGAGGAGAACUCAGAGUGUUGAAGGACUGGACCAGCGACCCUCCAUCCCUCCUCAAGCUGUUCUUCUUAAGAAUUUUUCCUCCUCGACUGGUGGAGAAGAGAAAUCCAGCAGACAUGUGCUCCAUGCUCCCGUGCCCUGCCGUCCUCAGCCAAUCCCGAGCUGCCCUGCUACUCUCCCCUGGCACCUCUCUGAAUCCUCUGACUGGGUUAGCCCGCCUGCUCCGGGGACCAGCCUGCUGGUGCAAGCUUCUCAGAGACCAAACCCGCCACGCUAUCCCAACCUGAUCCCAACCAGCCAACAUGCCAGCCCUAGAAUGCAGGGGUUUGGCAUGCCCAGGCAAAGCCCCCCUCAACCCCCUGCCAACGAACCAACUGUGGUGGUCUGGCUGAGAAGUCUGUCUGAUACUGUGAAGAGUCAAACUAAGCCCGUCGAGAAGAAGGAAAUUCUGCCAUGUAAGAAUGAAAGGGUCUCUGCAGAGCUAAGAGGGACAUGCGAUGGGCCUUUGGACCUAUCAGAUCGAGGAAAGUCCAAAACCAACCAAACACCAAGAGAUGGUUCGCCCACAGCCUUACAAGGUGAAGAGAGAGUAGAGAGGAGCCCUGACAAGGAUGGGAAGACAAAUCAAUCUGCACACGGACCAGUGUCAUCACCUUCUCCCGUCGUCCCUCCCCUAAGCUCCUUUACCCCACCAGGCAAACAAAAAGACAAAGAGUCUACCAGCGACCGUAACAACAAGCAGGUAUUCAAAGAGGAUGAUCAGGAAUUGGAGGUGAAUGGAAAGAGCGACCAAAGCAAGGAGAAGAAGGUGCCGGUCCUCACCAUAUCACUGCGUCCAGUAGUAAUGCUGGAGAGUAUGACUCCUGCUCUGAAAGAAUCCUUAUCAUCAAAUAGCAAGUCAUCGUCAGCAGUAACACGGCGAGGAAGCAGCUCAGAUGAGCGGGACGAGGAGGGGAGUUUGUCGGGAAUAGAGAGCAGACGGGGCUGCAAGAGGAAGGUGUCUGCAGACACCGAGAUUGACAGGGACUCAGAAACAGACAACAUCCAGAAGGAGAAGAACAUCAAGAUCACCGUGAUAACUGAGGAAAGGAGCCUUCGCUGAAGAAAACCAUGUCCCAUGUGAUUUCACUCAGACCUGCGUCAGCUGAUUGUAAUGGCCAGUUGUGGCUGAGGGCCGCUACAUCACUUAUUGCUUUUAGGUUAGUCAGUUUAGCAUCAAGAUAUUAUGAACUGGAUCAUGCUACAUCUUACUUGAUAUACUGUUUGCAAUAUGUCCUCUAAGUCGUACUGUUACUACCUUGGACAUAACAAUAUUAACCACUGUUGCAUGUCAUGUAACAUUAUACUGAAGUCCUUUUUUGGAUAGGUAAACAAAACAAAUUCCAUGGUGUCCCUUUAUCCAAAUCCAAUCCUAAUGGCAUAAAUGUGCCCAUCAGCAGUCUAUUUGGCAGUUUAUAGUUGUUUGUUGGAGAAGUGGCUUAGUAAUUCACACAUUGUGUAAUACUUACAGCCCAUUUUCACAGCUUAUGUCCAACUGAAGAUGAUUGCAGUAGGUGACAGCGUACCUAUAGAAGUGUGACAAAUAAAUGUGAGUGUGACUUCUGUGCAGUCCCUACUUUUAAGGCUGAUGAUUGGUUUAAAUGUGACCACCGCGAUUAUUGCAGAUGCAGUACCACUGCUCAUCGCUCUGCAGAAAACAGCAUUUUCAUUGCCCUGCCACCCCCAUGCUCCUUUGUAAAACACUUAAAAAUGACCUUUAAUCUGACAUUUCGAAUUAAUUGUUAAAUAUUGUAGAAAAUAGCUGUUUAAUCAGAUAAGCCAUUAAUUAAACGCUUAUCGCACACUAUGAUGACUUCAGGUCACAUUUUUUGAAUUAUUUCACUUUCCUGGCAUUACUCUAACUGCCUGGCUAUUUUUGCCUCAGAGCCUCCCCACCCUUCACACCAUCUUACUUACCAACAAAGAAACAUGUUCCUCUUCCUCUUUUACAUUUACAGAAUGCACAUAUUUUGCAAGUAUUAACUUUCCGUUCACAGCUGUGACAACUUGUGGUGAGCCGGGUGGAUAAAUGUAAUAAUUGACAGAGACACUUCAUAACGCCUAGCCUACUUUUGUGAUAACGCUCUAGCACAAGUCGAUAAAUAUACAUUUUGUGUGAAUAUAGAAAAUAUUUUUUUAAUGGAGAUGUCCUAAUCAAUAGGCAGAAUCAGCCAGUAUUUACCUUACAUAUGAGAUUGUUAUUUUCUGCUCUUUUUCUGUUGUGCACUUGUUAUUCUCCUGUGUGAAAGCCUUUAUAACUUUUAUGCUGUUUUGAAUAGACUGUUACUUUUAGACUCCAUUACGUACAAUACUUGGUCAAUGGUUGGUGGACAGAAUAGCUUUCCCCUUGCCAGUUGUAGCUCUUUGUUUAUUCAAAUGUGAUUGACUGUACGUUGUAUUUUGCAUUGACUUUAAUAGUGAUUUAGUGUUGUCGUGUGCUCUGAGUAAAUUUGGUUUUCAAAAUGAUACAAUGUACACUUAUAGAAAUUGUUGUCUGAAUGCACUACUUCUAAUGCUGAAAUAAACUACUGUUGUUGAACGUU